AGCGUAACCGUGACCAAUCUAGUAACUAUGGAUUUGUAUUGAUACUAAUGCUGCAUUAUAUGCGAUUAUUUAGUAUACAGCGCUAUAAGCGCUGCACGCUUAGAUUACUGUCUACAGCGGCUGACGUACUACACAGAGUACGGCUGCGCGAUAAGUCACCAGUGUGUAUAUGCCGUAAAAGCGCAGAAGCAGUUGAACUAGGGCCACAAUUUGCUAUAUCGCUCGAUGGAGCGCUAUUAGAAUCACCUUUAGGAAACUUAAUGACCACAAGGUCACGAAUAGUUGCUGAACUAGUGGUAGACGAGUGGCGUAGCCAUAUUGGACAACUUACUCGAUUCGGUACCAUUCCAACUACUAUGCUGCUAUCUGAGAUGAUUGACCUGUGUCCCUCGAUGCGUGAUGCGGUUUUGAAGGGAAUCAUGCUGGCGCUUAAUUUCGAUACCGCCCUAAGAUUCGAUCGCAGAGAUGUUGUAGAGUUACCUCCAUUAGAAAGCAUAUCAACAUUGGAUACCAGACACAUGGACGCGUUAGCCAAAUUGGAUUUGGAUGUGUUACAGUCCAGUUAUUUGCUACCCAUACUGGAGAAGUUUGCUAAGAUAAGGGGUACCAGCCCAUUGGCACAUUCAGCAAGCUUGACAACUGAGUUGCAACAGCCACCUGAUGUGUUAAAACAUAUAGAACAUAUGCUCCACUCAAUGCCGCUACAUGAACUUGUCACAAUGAAUAAUGUGCACAAACGUCUGAAAUCGGUUAUACUACCCAUGGAACUACUCGAUGGCGUAAUUGGGGCUACACAAGCGCUGAGGGCAUCACGCCUGGAAGAAACAUUACAAGCCGCCUCCUGGGGAAUCAAUGACGAGUUCCUGGAUCAUGAAGAAACAAUGCUAAAGGAGUUGAAUGCAGCACUAAGAUUCCGCGAAGCGCAUAUACACAGUGGUACAUAAAAGAAAUUAAUACCGAAAAAGUGCACUUUGUGGCAAUUAUUAUACAACAGUAACUGUCUUGGCAAGACCACGGGGAGUAU